AGUUCUGCUAAUCUCCGUGUUAUGGUCGGGAACACCGACCGACGCAGCCGCCCUCCUCCUCGACCUGGACACAGAAGCGGGACGAAUGGCCGCGGGACGUUUACUGCAGUUUAAUUUCUAUUAACUUAACAUUAUGAAAAAGUGUGUAGAUGAUAAAAUUAUAUUAAGAUUUAACGGCUCUCUGUCUGACGUUGGCCGUUGAAGGACCGGAACUUAGUGCAGCCGUUUGGAUUCGUUUUAUUUGCAAACCAACGAGAAUUUCCUGUUUCCUACUUUUAGUGUUUACAUGUGGCCCAGCUGUUUCGUCGUCUGUCAUCUUCGGUACAUUAAUUUAUUUCAAAAACGUAAAAAAAAAAUACGACUAAAGACGGAAUAAAAUAAUAUGAAUUAAGCUUAUUAAUGUGAUAGCAGCUUUUCUUACAUAAGAAAAAAUACAUAAAGCCAAAUAUCCAGACAAUAUCUAAUUUAAUUUGUUUUUAUGGUUUCAGAUGAGACAAGAUGUUGAAUUGUAAUCCCUGGGCUCUCCUCCCUCCGGUCUACUCUGCCCUCACGGCUGCUGGACUCUGGGUGGUGUAAGUGCAAACUAUCAGUCUGACCUCUUAUUAUAACUCCUUUAAAAACAAUCUACAGAUUUAUUUUGCAGAGUGGAAACAACCACAAAAAAGACUGAGUAUUGUUGACAGAUUCAGAGCUAAAAAACAAAACAAAAAAACAAAUAGAUGCAAAAAAUGUGUUAGACUUAUUGUUAAAUAAGUGAAGCAGACAUGACAAGAAAAAAUCCUACACAACAUGCAUUUGCUACUGUGAAAUUUGAAGAACUGGAGUACAAACAGGGUGAAAUCUCCUGAAAAAGGAUGCAGAGUAACUUCUAAGGGUUGCACAACAUCUUCAGGGUGAUACAACUUGACAACAAAAGGAUGCAAACUGACAAAUGACAAUACAAAACCACAAAAAAGACACAAAACUAUAACAGAGAGACACAUAAAAGUCAGUGGAAUUGAAUAAAACUGAUAAAUACAUGCAAACGAUCACCAUUAACGACUUAAUGAAGGUAAAAGAAAACUACAAAGACAACACCAGCUUUAAAAAAUGCUGCAGAUCCCAUGUUUAUUUUAAAGAUGUGUGUUUUAGACAAAAACCUGCAAAAGUGAGAUAAAAGAGAAUACUACAAUGAUCCAAAACCCCUCACCAAAUGAUAAUAAAAGAGACUUAAUGAAAGCAAAGUUACAAUAAAUUUAAAGCUUUUGCUUUCAGUUUGAGUUUAGCGCCCCCCGGGGACAAGCUUGCAUGUCUAAAUAAUCUCCUUCCUGCCUCUUUAAAUAUUUAACUUCUCUUACAGGAAAAAGCAGCUAUAUCAACAGCCUUACUUCCCCUGACAGUGGUUUUAAACAUUAUAAAUAACUGUAAAGAAAUAGUCCCUGUUCUUGUACAAUGUUCUGUUUUCUUUUUUAGGUCAUAAAAACACAGUUAUUUAUUUUAUCUGUGAAUUUCCUCUCUGGUUGUCUCUUUUUACACAGAUAUUUUGUAGCGCUCUUUGAUCAUAGGAUUAUACCUCUGGGAACCAAAUACAGGUAUUUACUAUUAUCAAAUUAUUGAAUAUGUUGCACAAUAAAUAACUUGAUUUUUUUGCAAUAACUGUUUUAUAUUACUUGUAGGAAGAAUGGAUCAAGGUAUCCUCCCUACAUCAGGUACAUAUUGGUCAUCUCCUUUAAAGAAUUUAUGCAGUGAUUAAUGUGGUUUGUAUUAACAGGAACAGAAGACACAAAUACCUUCUCUUUGCUUUGACAGUAUUGCAGGAAAUUUUGCACCAGCCAGCUGCAUCUUUAGCGAGGUCAUGAACUUGGCUGCAUUUGUGGGUAAGAGCAAAGAUUUCCCUAAAACACUGCAGUUAAUUUGCUUUAAACAGAGGAUUUAGUUUGUUUGAGACUUUUUUAAGCCCUGGAUGAAUUUAACUUUAAUGUUCAAAUGAGUAUUUGGUGCAGCCGAAUGAUGUAUGUGGAGUUCAGUCAAAAUAAGGGAACUUUUCAUAGUGAUGAAAGUAUUUGGAGGAAACCACUUUUAUCUGGAGUUAAACCUGUAAAAACUGUUGACAAAACAGUGUGCCUUGUCUUGUUAUUGAAUGACUGGCCUCUUGUGUUUUUCUUUGUUAUUCUUCAUUGCAGGCUUCACCAUCGCUGUUCUCAGAUACCUCCAGGUGAAACGCAAAAUGAACAAACAGUGGCUGAACAUCAUCAGCCUUGUAGCCUUUUCCAUCGGCUGCUUUGGGAUGACACUCUUAGGAAACUUUCAGGUAAAAUCUCACAGUAGCAUGGAUGUGUGAGUUUUAUAGACAGACCUGAGAUUAGUUCCAGAGAUCUGAUUGAGUGAUUCUACUUUCAGGUCUUUGCCGAUGAGUUGGUCCACAACCUCGGCACCUUCAUGACGUUUGGCUUGGGGACGGUGUUCUGCUGGAUCCAGUCUUACAUCACUCUGAUAGUAAACAUAAAGAAUGAGGGGAGGAAGACUGGGAUCAUGCGCUUCAUUUUGUCUGGAUGCGUCACAGUCUCCAUGGUUCUCUGUAUCCUUUACCUCUGAAUGAGUUUAAUACUGUUUCAAACCUAUAAUUUACAAUUUUUAAUGGGUAUUUUUCACUUACUGAAACAGAUUUCUAAAUUGAAGAUUACAUACAAAGUGCAUAUAGAAUCAUGAAUAACUUAUACAAUAUGUUUUACAUUGUAAAUCUGGUCCUUAACUCACCUGCUGCAGACUUCAUCCUCAUCUCCCAGCAUUUCCACACGCAGGCAGCGCAGUGCCAGUGGGCGCUGGUCAUGUUCUUCCUCAUUUACCUCAGCACUUUUGCCGUCGAGUUUCGUCACCACAGCUUCGAAAUAGAAUGCACAGAAAACUGUGGACGUCCAGAGAGCCAAUCAGAAAUCUUGUCUGAAUUGUCCACAAACCAUCCCAACCAGCUGUAAGGAGAAGGAGGAGGCCAUGCUGUUUCUCCUGAAAUCUCCUCAGUUUUUUACCUUAUGGAUGUUAAUGUUGUUUCAGCUCCUACUUUUACCACUGAUGACAUACAAUCAAAUCUACACAUACUGUAUUUAUGUUUCAUUUCUUGAAUUUCUAUUUUUAUCUACAAGAUUUUUAAAAGUUAUAUUAUUCAUGUUACAUGUGCUGUCAUUGAUUUGGUGUACUCUUUGUGUUCAAUAAUAUGUUUACUUCUUUUCUUGAAUUGUUGUUCUUUUUUUGAACACUUAAAGGCAUAUUCUGGCAUAAAAUUAAUUUAGGGUCAAACACACCGUAACACUGAAUUAAUGUUGCUGACCGCUUGCUUCUCUAGUUAUACCAACUUUAGUAACGACCGUAGGAUAGCAAUACACAGUGGCCCGAGGAGCCAUAAACAAACCUCAACCAAAACACCACUCUAUAGACACAAAUAAUGCUCAGAACAGCACCUAACUUCAUCAACAGGACAUAUAGGGUCCCAGCCAUAGUACUAGCCACCAAACAUCUUUUUAACUGUGCCUAAUUUUUUUAGCAGACACUAAACACACCUCACCUACUCUCUUCCAGCAGCCGUUUGUUUGUACGGAGACCUCAGGCAAGUCUACUAUGGACUGCUGCGGGAUGAUGCAGCUCAAGGAAGAACAUUUAUGAUCAUUUCUUCAUGGAAAUGCAAUCAGACUGAGACACUAAGGCAAAAGAACAACCGGAAAUGAUAAAGAAAUGAUCAUAAAUGUUCUGUGUGCUGUUCUGGUUGGCAAUACUAAUUUCUCGAGGAGGAGUCUCACUCGGUAUUAUGAUGUGUUUGACCCUGAAUUAUUUUUACGCUGGAAUAUCCCUUUAAAAGGGACUUCUUGAUUAUUUUUUAUAAUUUUAAAAAUGCAAGUUUUGCGCAGUAUGCAAUCACAAUCAAAGUAGGAUAAGUUAUUCAUUGGGGUAUUGUUCAAAUGAAGAAAAUAUUUUAAGGAAAAGAUACAGUCCAUUGUUGCUCACCAUAAAGCCAAUAAAAGAAGCAUUGAAAUACUCUGCAAUUGAAAUAUUAAUAAAACCGUGACACCUGCUAAACAAAGGGGUUCUCCGCUUAAAAGUUGAGCGCUGCUCAGUCUUAAUAAGCAACGAGUUUGAGAAAUACUCCCAUUCCUUUGCUAUUAACACGGUAGCAUAUCAAUACUGAUUAAACGGAAAACUAACCGUCGGUAAAUGGCUAGUACCUAGCUUGUUUCAGAGCUAACAAAGUCUGGGAGUUAGCACACCUUUAGCAUGGCUGUUAGCUGAUAUACCGUUAAAACCAUCGACUGUAUAUACUAUAUUCCAUACAGUCUAUGGUUAAAACCAAAGGUCAUUACUGGGUUUUUAUAAAUGCCAGUGUUUUAACGCUAUAUAUUAACCUAGUGUCUGGGUCUUUCUGCCACCAGUGAUGUCUGUAUAUGUGGAUUUUCCCUUAAAACAUUCAAGAUUGUUAUCAAAACAGUUAACAGUAUUAUCAAACACCAAAAAUAUUUUAAAAAAUACAUAUAAAUAACUUCAAUAAAGGAAAAAUACCAAUCUCA